AUGUCAGCAUACCAGCGAGAAGAGCAAAACAACACUCGGCUCGAGGAGCUGGCGUCGAAAAUCUCGUCUUUGCGGUCUGUCACCAAUGACAUCCACGCUCAGGCUAGCGAUUAUUCGCUUAUUGAUUCCACGACGGACACUGUUGGAAACAUGAUGACCUCGGUCCGAGGGUCUGCUUCCAAGCUUGGACGGUCGCUCAAGGCCGGACACCCCAUCUGGCGAACUGUUGGCAUUGCUCUGGCCAUCAUUCUCCUGCUGUGGUUUCUGUUCAAGUUUUUUUAA